GCAGUGUGCCGGGUUUAGCAAUGGUGGACGGGCGGGGUCGGGAGAGGCUGUGAGUUGUUGACUCCCUCGAGUUUGAGGGCGAUGGGCACCGGGCUCCCCGCCUCGCUCGGCUGGAUUUUCGCACAGCUUUGUUGCAGCUUGUCGCUGAGCAGGAGCUGGGGCGGCCUGGUGUUCCAACCAUCUUUCCUGAUUGCAUCUGGACCUGAAGUAAAUGUGUACCUGGUGGGAGAAAACAGCACCUUGGCUUACAUUGGUGUGGAAACAGUUGCCGCCACUGAUGAUUUGUCACAGCCUAACUGUGUGGAGACAAAUGCCACUGGUCAGUGGAUACUGACUACUUCUGCUGAUGAGGUGAAUCUCAAUGUGGUGUUGAUCCUAGACCGACCAUUAGUACUUUGUGAAGAUUUAUUAAAUGAAACCAACUGUUGUCCAGAACCUCUGUGCAUUGUUGAAACUCUCCGCGUGACUGCCUGUCUGAAUGGCCACCUUUCAGCGACACUGCUUGUUCAAGUUAUAAUAUACGCAAACUCGACUUUUCAUAGGACUGUAAAUGAAACAAAGAUGCCGAUUCCAGAACAAAAAUACCGUCCCCUUGGCCCAUGUCCAUGCAACUUAACUGCAGAAGCUUGUGAUGUACGAUGCUGUUGUGAUGAGGAAUGCACACCCAGUAUGAUAAAGCUGUUCCAUUCUUACUGCUUUAAAGGAGUGUUUGGAGGGAAUGUGUCCCAACCCUUUGACCAAUUAUGUUCUGUUCAGAAUGUAAAUGAUGUUCCUGACUGGUUUCCUUUCCUCUGUGUGCAAUCUUCUCUUGAUAACUCGCCUUACCUGGGGUUGUUCUAUGAUGGUGAUACUGUCGGGGUUUCUCGUGACUUUUCCUUUGAGGUAGUGACGCCUCCAGCGACAUAUUCACCAGUUGGCUACCGUCAAGGGGAUCGUAUUGUUAAAAACGAAGAUGAGUACCUUACUAUUCCACAGAGAUCUUUGAGUGGUCAAUGCUUGAGGAAUGCACCUGUGGCUUAUCUUGAAGAUUUUGACACACAUUGUGUGACUCCUCUUACUGCUGCAGCUUGUACAGAUAGCCAUGGAAUUAGUGACUAUAUCCAGAAUGGCCAGGGAUUGUUGCUACCGACUGUUAUAAAGUACCAGAAUUCCAUAGACCUCAGAAAUUUCAUUACAGCAACCUCUUCAACUUCUGGGUCAAGUCCUGCUCAUCAAUCCUUGUUUCCUGAACAGCAGAAUAUCACAGCUUCUUUAGAACUGGUUGAUAAAUCACAUCCCAAACUUGUAGAGGGAAUGUGUGAAAAUAUGAUUUUGGGGGCAGAAUACGUCUUCAGCUGGAAAGGAAAUACGAUUUCUAAUGUCACUUUGCUUGUCACAGUGGGAAAUGUUCCCUUAGAUUCUCCAGCAACUUUGACCCAAAGAUUCAGUGUGACUUUCAUUAACUUAAAAAAUGACCAUUCAACCAAUGUGACCCGGUCUGGCAAUCCAGGUUACCAGAUCGGCAAGCCCGUUAUAGGUGCUUUUGAAAAUGGCAAGACUUUACGAAAGGCUCCCUUAAGCAUAUGGCGACCAGUUGGAAAUGGGUUGUGUUCAUCAGCUCAAACAACAUCAGUGUUGUUUAGAAAAGACUCUAUCUCUGGCUGCCUGUUGAGGCUCAGCAUUGAUAACUUUGAAAACUGUGCUAAUCUCAGGUCUAUUGUUUAUAAAAAUCUUCUGAAUCUUGUGCCAACAAAUGUAUCAAGGAGAGGCAAUUCAAACCCUGCUGAUCUGUCAGAAUGGGUGCCAUUAUUCAAAGCUCCACCUAUUAGUUCAACCAGUGGUGAAGAUUUUUUACAAGGAUUAUGCACUGAGAUUCCUGCCAACUUGAACGUUUGGUUCCUCACAGCGGUUGUUGGUGCAAUUGAAGGCAUACCACAACGAGAGAUACUUGGAGCUGAAGCUAAUUUUUCCACAGUGACCUGGCACAUCAGCCGUGGAGGAGGAAAAGCAACAGGCGCUGUGAAUAAUCCCCUUUUACAAUCCUUUUGGGUCAGCAUAUCUGUCCAGUUUAUCCAAAUACCUGCACAGCCGGAACCAAUGAAAACCAGUUUCCAGAUGAAUUAUUUUGAAUAUGACUGCUCUCGAAAUGAUGUUUGCUGGCCUGAACUUGCUUAUCCAUUGACAAGAAGUUACACAGGUGAAACAUACUCUCAGUCGAUCGCUCAGGCGAUGUUGCUGGUGAUGCUCUUCCUGGUGGCCACAGUGUUAGGAGACCCCUGGAGCAAGAUCCGCAAAGCUUGGAACAGCACCACAUUUUAUUAGAUUACUGCAGUAAAUCCAUCCCACAAAUAUUUCAUUGCAUUCUUUUUACUCUGUUACUCAAUAACUUGUCCUACAGGAAGGUAUGCAGAGACACAGGGGACAGAGACACAGGAAGGCCAUUUAGCUCAUCCUUUUGAAUUAAAACCUACAAUCCCUCUUCACCUUCAUCUCGCCACCCAUCAGAUUCUGAAAUGGUUCCAUGGUUUUUGUCUCUGUCACACCACAAGGUGAUCACUUCUUUGGUGAAAACCGUUUUGGUGUGAGUCUUAGGGUUAUCUUUUGCCAGGUUUGUUGCUGUUUUAAAUUUUAAUCCAUCAAACAUAGACUCUAAAACUGUGUAUCCCCAUGCAGCUAUUCUAAUCGUGUGUGUGUGUGUACAUAUGUAAAAUUUCAGUAACUGUUUUACAGUGCUAUCUUUGUAAAUAUUGGCCUGGAUUUUGCAGUACUAAUGGCUGUGAAACUGUCAGCAUUCACCAACAUUACUCUGAAACUGACAGGUUCUGGAGUCUGCACACUUGCAGUUGAACUGAGAAAUCCAGAAAUUAAACAGAAAAUUCUGGAAAAACUCAGCAGGUCUGGCAGCAUCAUUUUGAGCCUGUAAGAUUCUGAGAAGAGUCCAGCAGUAAUUUGCUUUUAUCUGAGAAAUCCAGAAGUUGCUGUCAGUGAUUCAAUGCUUCAUCGGAGGGUGCUCUGUUGAAGUCCCUGCAUGUUGCAAUCAAAUAGAAAUCAUUGAAUUGAUGAGAACUUGUCCUUUUACAUCUUCAUUAUGGUAAAUUCCACUUUUAAGUUUGACAUUUCAGCUUUGUUAAUGCUGUAUGAUUUAUUUAUCAGCAAUCAUUUAUUUUGCUCCCUGUAAAACUGAAGGAUAAUCAGUGUAUUUUACUUCCUGGCUUGUUGUCUAUGUGAAUACUUCAAUGUGAUUGACUGCUACUCUGCUUGAUGAUGUCACUGCUGCCGGACACCUGGAGAUUUCAUAGACUUAGCACCAGAUUCAAACUUGUGUUGGGAAAGGAGAAAUCUGUGUCACAGAGAUCACUAGAUCUUUGUAGGUAGCUUUCUUUGAGGUUAGAGGUGAGCACUUUUGUUUUGCCACUGACAGCAAAAUCCAGGCCAAUAGAUUGUACGAUAUUUUUAUGUAAGCGUUGUGUUGAGGUGUAAGUGAAUAAACAUGGAUUUUUUGAAUAAAUUUUAUUUUUUACUUAA